UUUCAGAUGCCAGAGUUGCAAAUGUCGUCCAGCCAUUUUCGACGAAUAAAUUAAUUUUGAGAGUUCGAUGACCGCCCGGAAUCGUUUUGUCCGUCAUUUUUGAUCUAUAGAUUUUACAAAUCGCUAAUUUUCGUAAGUUGUUUAUCUUUAUUUGGUGCUCAUUAGUGCUUGUUACGAUUGUGUAAUUACGAGUUAUUGAUUUUGGUUUGUCUGACCGGCAUUUUCUAUUGAAACAACACCAAUCAUGUCUGGAGAACCAGAGGUAACCCGCACUCCUGAAGAGGAGGAAGAGGAAGAAAUCAAGUCCUCGUACAGGCCGCCCCCAGAGAAGACUAUUGACGAGAUCCUGGCUGCCGACCAGGAGGACGAGUCACUUAGGAAGUACAAGGAGGCCUUACUCGGAGAGGCUCAGGCUGGUGCUGUUAUUGUUGAUCCGAACGACCCACGUCGGGUGAUCGUCAAGAAGUUGGCGUUGUGCGUCACGGGUCGUGAUGACGUUGAAUUGGACCUCUCUGGAGACCUCACUGAUCUUAAGAAGCAGGUGUUCGUGAUAAAGGAAGGCGUGCAAUACAGGAUAAGGAUCGACUUCAUCGUGCAGCGGGAGAUCGUGCAUGGACUCAAAUACGUGCAGAAGACUUACCGGCUCGGAGUACCAGUGCCCGUGGACAAAAUGACCCACAUGGUCGGUUCAUACCCUCCUAAGACUGAGAUCCAGUCGUACACCACUCCUCCCGAAGACGCCCCUUCAGGAAUGGUGGCCAGGGGUUCAUACUCCGUGAACAGCCUCUUCACUGACGACGACAAAAACGUGCACCUGCAAUGGGAAUGGUGUUUCGACAUCAAAAAAGAUUGGAAGGAUUAAAGCUUGGCUUGUUUUAUUUUUAUGAAAAGACCGACUGGGUUGGGCUCUGCGCUUAGAUUACUCUGUGCCAUAGAUCGGUUAGAACGCGCUCUGGUAUUUGGAAUUUAGAACAUGUAGUCUAUGAAGAACAUAAAACAGUCUUAAUCUAUAAAGUUUCGUUGCGAUAUCUGUAUAAACUUUUUGGUUUUCAAAAUGGCUGGUCAGUUUUGGCGGUUUUUCGUUUUAAUUUUAAAUGCCAAAAGUAUUAAAAUCACAAAUGAUUGGAUGAUAUAUUAUAACAAAACGCACAGAUAUAGUUGUAGUCUUUACGAGCCUAAUCCAGUUGCAAGUGUCGAUAAUGGUGGCUGACUGAGAAAUACCUAUUGACAAAUUAGUGUAAACGCUUCGUCAAACAGAAAUCAGGACGAUGGAAUGUUCUAGAUAACCUCUAAGUAUGGGAUUUGAGUGAAUCAACAAUUGACACUUCAUAAUGUUUAAUUGCGAUAUUGUCAUGACAAAUAGAAGUAUAUUUUCAUACUUUUUCAUACAAAUUAUAUUGAAUGUACAAAAUAUAUCGCAUCUUCGACAUUGAAUGUAUGUCACAACGUAUAAUCUGUGCUAAGAAUCAAGUGUAGUGUGUUGUAAAUGUAUUCUACAUAACAAAAACUUUUUCGUAAAACCUACUUCGAACUCUGACAACUAUUUGACGAAGCAAAGUCAUUAGUAAUUAUGUGAUUAUAAUGUAAUCGUGAUGAUUUUAUUUUGUAAUUUUUAAUGAACUUUCAGACAGACUUGGAAAACUAAAUAGUAAAUUCCGUUUUAGAAAUGUACCUUAACGAUUUCAAACUUACUAUAUAUAUUAAAAUAGAAUUUCCUAUAAUGUGUACGCAUUAUGGUCACAUUGUGGUUUCCUACGAUUUUCUCGCAAUAAACCACAGUGUUGCCAGUAUUAUACAUUUUCUAUUUAUAAUAUAAAGAGUAGAUUGUAAUAACAAAAAAAAUAUAUAAUGUAUUUCCAUAAUUUUUCGUAUAACAAAAGAUGUAGCAAUAUUAUUAUUUAGAUUGUAAUUAGCUUAUUAUUUUAGUUGUGGUCAAUGCAAUUUGUCGUGGUAACUGGCGAUUUCCAUGGAAAAUGUAAUGUAGGUCAGUUCACUUGAAACCUGAAGUCGGCACUCUAUGCUUACACCAGCAUUCCUGAGAGCAUUUUUGGGCCAAGCUAAAUAUUUUGGUGUCAUUAGUUUCCGUAGAUUAUAAAUACCGAUAACUAUAGAUAUUAAGACUCUAUUCUGAUUGAAUUGAAAAUUUGCGCAGUAUUAUCGAUGUUAAAUGUUAUCUAAAGGACUAUGUGUCCAGCCUUUAAAUCCUGCAAAGGGUUGUUAUAAACAAAUAAUACUGCUCAGUGUUGCUAUUAUUUUGGUGUUAAAAAGGUCCGAUUCCAAAAUGUAUCGAUGUAUACUUUUAUUUUUAUUUUAAAUAAAAUUGAAAAUUUUCUAUCA